ACUCUACUUAAUCACUGCUUCUCUUCCACUCUUCACCACCGGAGUCAGAAUAUUCCGUAACUGAACUGUGAAAUGUUGUUGUCACAGUCACAUCUUCUUCUUCACUCUCAAUUUCCCUUUCGUCUCAAAUCUCCAAAAUCUUCCACACUCAGACUCAGACCUAUGGCGGCCUCUUCUUCUUCUUCGCCUCCACACCAACUCCACGACUUCGCCAAUGUUGCUAACAAAGCCGCCGACGCCGCCGGAGAUGUUAUCCGUCAAUAUUUCCGAAAGAAUUUCGACGUUAUUCACAAACAAGAUCUCAGUCCUGUCACCAUUGCUGAUCAAUCCGCUGAAGAAGCUAUGGUUUCUAUCAUACUCAACAAUUUCCCUUCUCAUGCUGUUUAUGGAGAGGAAAAAGGGUGGAGGUGUAAACAAAACAGUGCUGAUUAUGUUUGGGUAUUAGAUCCCAUUGAUGGAACUAAGAGCUUUAUCACUGGGAAACCCUUGUUUGGCACUCUCAUCGCUCUUUUGAAAAAUGGCACACCAAUCCUAGGCAUAAUUGAUCAACCUGUGUUAAAAGAAAGAUGGAUUGGACUAACUGGAAAGAAAACUACACUCAACGGCCAAGAAGUGUCCACACGCACUUGUGCGGACCUUUCUCAAGCAUACUUGUACACCACAAGUCCACAUCUUUUUAGUGGAGAUGCAGAAGAGGCAUUCAUCCGUGUUAGAGACAAGGUUAAGAUUCCAUUAUAUGGUUGUGACUGCUAUGCAUAUGCUCUAUUGUCUUCUGGCUUUGUGGAUCUUGUUGUCGAGUCUGGUCUGAAGCCAUACGAUUUUCUGGCAUUGAUACCUGUUAUUGAAGGCUCUGGAGGUGUCAUAACUGAUUGGAAAGGACAUCAACUCCGUUGGGAAGCUUCACCACUUUCAAUCGCAACAAGUUUUAAUGUUGUGGCAGCUGGUGAUAAACAGAUUCAUCAACAAGCUUUAGAUUCCUUACAUUGGUAGUAUGGAUGAUAACUCGAUUACAGUUAAAAUUUGUAAUCUUCUGCAGAAGCCGUGUCCUAGUUCAGAUGUUUCUAAGGACAUGCAUUAUGAUUCCAUUGUUUGGCAUGUAUUUAUCAAAGUUCAAAUGGUGUAGGCCAAUCCUUGUGAACAUUAUUCCUACUUGAAAUCAUGCCGGUUCAUCUUCAUUUUUAUUGAACUGUUGUUCAUAUUAUUAAAGAUAUUAAUAUUUAAGAUGUACCUUUUUAGGCGAAGACAGUGAAGGAUAAUUGUCAGACUAUAAAUAACGAAGAGAUGCUAAUUAAGUCUUGGUGUGUGUUUGAAUUUAUUAUAGAAAAUAUUGAAGUUUAUUUUAACUCUUAUGAAA